UGUCAUUAUAAUAAUUUUAGUUACAACUUACAAAUUACAUUUAGCUCAUUAUUUUAUGCUGAAACAUAUAACUAAACGUUACUUCAUAGAGUAUUUUAUGUAUUUGAAGGUGUAAAUAGUGUUAUUCAAGUACUAUAGUUAAAAAAGUUGGUUUAGUUGUCUAAAAGUGGAACCAUAAAGUAGGUAGUUAAGUUUGAUGGCUGUGAAACCAUAGACAAUUUGACUUGUCCGAGAAGUUCAGAAAGAUCGGUGGAUUGCCUGUAGAAUUCGGUGUGGAUUGAGAUGUCGGAUAUCGGCAGCGGUGACGAAGGAAUUUCUAGUCAGAAAUAUCAUGUUCAAGGCAUGGAUGCAGGCGGGAAUAACUUUGACUCCGGUCAACAGCAGCAGGAGCAGGAGUUGGCGACGAAAAUGCUGCAAAUACAGUCCAAAAGGUUCUACCUUGACGUCAAACAGAAUAGACGCGGCCGGUUUAUAAAAGUUGCCGAGAUCGGCGCGGACGGGCGGCGCAGUCAAAUUUUCCUCGCUAUGUCGACGGCUGCGGAGUUCCGCGAUCACCUGUCUCGCUUCAGCGACUACUACUCGUCACUCGGCCCGCCCAACACGGACAACGUGCCUGAUGACGGCAAGCUCAAAUCUGAAAUGAUGCUGAAGGACAACAGGCGGUACUACCUGGACCUGAAGGAGAACUCGCGCGGGCGGUUCCUGCGCGUCUCUCAAACGAUCACACGUGGCGGCCCGCGCAGUCAGAUCGCGUUGCCCGCGCAGGGCAUGAUCGAGUUCCGUGAUGCACUCACUGACCUGCUGGAUGACUUCGGCACGGAUGACGGCGGAUAUAAAGGCGAGCUGCCAGAGGGAAGGCACCUGCGCGUCGACAACAAGAAUUUCUACUUCGACAUCGGGCAGAACAACCGCGGCAUCUACAUGAAAGUCAGCGAGGUUGUACCAUCGUUGCAAGUGAAGAGCAACUUCCGCACGGCGAUAACGGUCCCAGAGAAGUGUUGGAGCCGAUUCCGCGACAUCAUGGCGGACUACUGUGAUAAGAUGAACCGCGCGCAGCUCUCGCCGCAAGACACGCACCAGGGCGGCAGCGGAUCAGGCAGGGCGGGCAGCGCACAGCCCGGCCGUGAAAUGGACACAUUCGGCGGCAGCAGCGCUAGUCGGAUUUGAUGCGAGCACGUCGGCUACUUUCGGCUUUAAUCGCCCCACAAUGUACAUACAUCUGUACCCACUCCCUUAGUCUUAAGAUAAUGUGAUAAAACAUUUGAGCUUUAUUACAUUUUUGUUUCACACGAUUAAAAAAAUAAUUAAUUAGUUACACUUACGUUUUCGCGUCGCGCGGCGUCGAAUACGCUUAGUGUGGAUAUUGCGUUUUAUCAAUGUUUUUUGGUAAAAUAAAUAUAUAGUUUAUUGUCUUCGCUUUUGUCGCUGACUGUACUUUCGGUUGUGUAAUCGGCCAAUGAAUUUCGUAGGCAGGUAUGUGGUUUCUUGUAGUUAUUUUUUGAUGAGUACAAGAAAAUGCUGGCCAAUAAUAGAUGUUAUGAAGUUAUGCCUGUUCAGUUGGAAUUGUUUGGAUUGGAUAGUUAUUAUUUUCCCAAAAAUGAUUCCAACAACUUAUAAUUUCUAUAGAUUUUGAUUAUAAAUGUCGGAUAUUUUAAAGUAACAAAAUUCCUUUGUAAGCCUUUUCUAUAAUCUUUGAAAUUCAAAAUUAACAUAAAAUGCAAUAUCUACACCUGAAUCGAAUAUAUUUGGA